UCAAAAUCAAUUUCGUCAACAUUUUGAUUUGUGAUCGUGUACAUCGUCUGUUUAUAUGAGAAUUAAUAAUUUUUUUCAACUGUGAUUCAUCAAGGAAAAACAAUGGCCACAAUGGAUCUGGAAGAUUUUAUUCUGGCCAAAAGUAAUUUUCCUUUCCAUAUUACAUUGAAUAGUUUGAAGUUUUGGAAAAAACAUUCAUCAUCCAUAACGAUUAACGAAGGUGAAUAUUGUCAAAAAGUUACUUAUUUAGGCAAUAUGUUGACAGCAUGGGCUAAAGGUGAUCCAUCCGUAAAUCGUGCUUUAGAUACAUUGUGGAACAAUCAUAAUAGUCGAAAAAAUCAUCAAAAUCAUAUCGAUAUACAAAUGAGAUUAACCAUUUGUAAUUCUGGAUUAAAAGCUGAAACAAAACAAUAUGGUCUUACCGAAUAUUGGGCAAAUAGAAUAACAUACUGUUGUUGGAGACAAAAAUAUCCAAAAAUUUUUUGCUGGGUAUAUCGCCAUGUCGGUCGUCGUGGUAAACCUGAAUUACGUUGUCAUGCUGUAUUAUGUCACAAGGAAGAUAUUGCAAAACGUAUGGCCAAAUUAUUGGAAGAACGGCUUGCCAUGGCGUUACGAGAAUUUCUAAGAGAGAAAUUAAUACGACAACGUGCACGAAUGUCAUUGAUGGAAAUGCCCAUAAGAAAACAAUUACUAGUCAAAGGUAUGGCUAAUUUUAGGCCACCGAUUGAACGAUCACGUUCAGCACCUCGUUUAGUAUCGAUCAUUGAAGAUGCACAACAAGAAGAGGAUGAAGAACGUGAAUUAUUAAAAUUAUUCGCAAAAGAAGAAGAAGAAGACUAUGAUGAUUUUGCGGAAAUGUCCAGCAUAUCAAUCGAUGAUGAUGAUGAUAAUGGUAGUGGUAACAGUGGCAAUAUACGGCUACGAAAAUGUAGCAAACAUCAUAGCGAUGAUGAUUGUGAUUGUAAUUGUGAUGAUGAUGAAAAUGAUUCAGCCAUCGAUAGUGAAAGUUUUAAAUCGGAUGAAAUCAUUUAUAGUACGAAUGGAUAGUCUUCUCUCAAAAACCAUUACCAAUUCCAGAUUUUCAUUGACAUCCGGAAUAAUAAUAAUAACUUGAUCUGAUAUUAUUUGUAAAGCUUGUGAUCAA